CCCUUCUCACUCUUCCGCGCUCGGCUCUCCAUCGCAUACAUCUACUGCACUGAAUCCCAUUCGAGGGGCGAAGAAUAUUACAGAUCGGAAGGGCUUUCUUCAAUGGCGUCGACGAGCCUCGCCUCUCUUCCCUCUCCUCCUAGCCACCACCUCCGCCGCCGUCUCCCUUCCAACCUCCCCUCCCUCUCCUGGCGCCAUACCCUAGCGCCUACUCAGCUCGGCCUUCCCUCCGCCUCUCCACCCCCAGGAAGAUGUUGUGUUCCGUUGCCGGUUAGAUGUAUUUCUCAGGCGGCAGUCGUGACGAGCCUGACGCCGGGAACUCCAGUUAGGCCAACAAGCAUCCUUGUGGUUGGGGCUACCGGAACUCUGGGGCGGCAAGUAGUUAGGAGGGCGUUGGAUGAAGGCUACGAUGUGAGAUGUCUUGUGAGACCUCGGCCCGCUCCUGCUGAUUUCUUACGGGACUGGGGUGCCAUAGUUGUUAAUGGUGAUCUCAGCAAACCAGAGACUAUACCUGCAACUCUUGUUGGUAUUCAUACAAUAAUUGAUUGUGCAACAGGGCGGCCAGAGGAGCCUAUUCGAACAGUAGAUUGGGAAGGGAAAGUUGCUCUAAUCCAGUGUGCAAAAGCCAUGGGCAUUGAGAAGUAUGUAUUCUAUUCCAUCCACAACUGUGAUAAGCAUCCCGAGGUUCCUUUGAUGGAAAUCAAGCAUUGCACUGAGAAAUUUCUUCAUGAUUCUGGUUUAAACUAUCUUAUCAUCAGAUUGUGCGGAUUUAUGCAGGGCCUUAUUGGGCAAUAUGCUGUUCCAAUUCUAGAAGAAAAAUCAGUGUGGGGAACUGAUGCUCCAACUCGAAUAGCAUACAUGGAUACCCAAGAUAUAGCUCGACUAACAUUUAUAGCUGCACGCAAUGAGAAGAUAAAUAAGAAACUUUUGACCUUUGCUGGACCUCGAGCAUGGACAACUCAAGAGGUGAUUACUCUAUGUGAGAGACUGGCAGGACAAGAUGCCAAUAUAACCACUGUCCCUGUUUCAAUCUUGAAAUUUACUCGUCAGGUUACUCGUUUUUUCCAAUGGACCAAUGAUGUCGCUGACAGAUUGGCAUUUUCAGAGGUACUCUCCAGUGACACAGUGUUCUCCGCUCCCAUGAAGGAGACAUACGAGCUCCUCGGAGUGGACCAGAAUGAUAUUGCAACCCUGGAGAGGUACUUGCAGGAUUACUUCACCAAUAUCUUGAAGAAACUCAAAGAUAUCAAAGCUCAAUCCAAGCAGACAGACAUAUUUUUUUGACAUUUUAGGAGUAUCCAUUCACUUAUUACUUCAAGAGCUCGAUAACCAAACGUGGAUUGUCUGUUCUCGAUUGGGUUCCCCGAUUGAAGUUGUAAAGAUAUAUUAUGAAGCAGCUCUACUUAUUUGUAAAUAUUUGGCCCAUUUUUAUUUGUGUA